AUCAGCCCAGAAAGAAAUCCACAACAGCCCAGCCCAACAGAAGCAAGGUCUUGUUAUAUUUAAGUUCCUCUAUACCCAAAAAGGUUUAUAGGGACAAUAAUUUCGUUCUGCCAAACCCUAGUAGCUGCAGCUGCACUAAGCUAAGGAGGAGGAAACAGAGAGCCGCAACAAUGGCGACGCAAGAAGCAAGGACUCUAUCAACAAAAGAAGCUGAUAUUCAGAUGAUGCUUGCUGCUGAAGUCCAUCUCGGCACUAAGAAUUGUGACUUCCAAAUGGAGCGUUACGCUUUCAAGCGCCGCAAUGAUGGUAUCUACAUCAUUAACCUUGGAAAGACAUGGGACAAGCUUCAAAUGGCUGCCAGGGUGAUUGUUGCUAUCGAGAAUCCUCAGGACAUCAUUGUGCAAUCUGCCAGGCCAUAUGGACAGAGAGCUGUCUUGAAGUUUGCCCAAUAUACUGGUGCACAUGCUAUUGCUGGACGUCAUACCCCCGGUACUUUUACCAACCAGCUUCAGACCUCAUACAGUGAGCCAAGACUCUUAAUUCUCACUGAUCCAAGAACUGAUCAUCAGCCAAUCAAGGAAGCUGCACUUGGGAACAUCCCAACUAUUGCUUUCUGUGACACUGAUUCUCCAAUGCGCUAUGUUGACAUUGGUAUCCCUGCCAAUAACAAAGGAAAGCACAGCAUUGGUGUUCUUUUCUGGAUCUUAGCAAGGAUGGUGCUGCAGAUGCGUGGGGCCAUUGGUCAAGGACCUAAAUGGGAUGUCAUGGUUGAUCUCUUCUUUUACAGAGAGCCUGAAGAGGCAAAGGAGCAAGAAGAGGAAGCUCCUGCAAUUGCAGAUUAUGCUGAUUACUCUGCUGGUGGUGCACUUGGUGGUGACUGGUCUAGUGGCCAAAUCCCUGAGGCACAAUGGACUGCAGAUGCUGCUGCACCUGUUGUUUCAGCAGUUGGUGGUUGGGCUGGAGAUGAAGCUGAUGGAGGAUGGGAUGCAGCAGCUGCCCCCCCUGCACCAGCUCCCCUACCAGUACCAGAUGCUGCCCCUUCUUCUGGCGCUGGAGGCUGGGACUCUUAAGCUCAUCAUCCUUGUUGGAUGAAGAUUAGAUAUCCUGAGUUUCUACGAUAGAUGUUUUUUUUAAUAGCACAGCUAAAAGGAUUUUGACUUUGUGGAUGUACUGAAUUAUAUUUAAUCAUUGCUAGAGCAGUGUUUUUUGGAGAAUCUGGAAAUGCUUUUGCUUUGGAAGAGUGGAAAAUGUGAAUUUUUGUUGUUUCAAAACUAUCAGACACCAAUUGAUCGUCUCUGUUUCUGCCUUCCCA